CCACAUUAUAUCACCGUACCACCGACGACUUUCACGACCCGCACCGACAUUGAUGCUUCCGAUAAUGCUUUCGCAACUGCUGCUUGACUUACCUUCUAUCACUAUACACUCUCAGAACUACGCCGGACAUCAACAGGUCUCUUGCCGAAAUCUCCGCUUUGGUGCGAUUGCCCUCCUCUUACUCUCAUCUGCCUUGAGCGGCCAGGCGGUAUCGCUGGAGGAGAGAUCGAGCAACUUGCAAAACGCCACUGAGAGUAGCUUCGUGUGGACGAUACAGGACACCUACGCUGGGAAGACAUUCUUUGAUACAUUCACCUUUUUUACUUAUCCGGAUCCAACGCACGGAACUGUAAAUUAUACAACCGCAGACUUUGCGUUUGCAAACGGCCUUGCCUAUGUCGACGACAAUGGAACGGUAUUCAUGAAGGGUGACGAUACAACACAAUUAGCAGCAGGUGUUUACCGGAAUAGCGUGCGCAUUUCCAGCCAGGCACAGUACAACACUGGGUUAUUCAUCUUGGAUCUUAACCGAGCACCGUGGGGUUGCGGUGUCUGGCCUGCGUGGUGGACGGUUGGCGGCGGCCAAUGGCCUUACACUGGCGAGAUUGAUAUCAUUGAAGGUGUGCACGAUAACGAACACAAUCAGGUUACUUGGCAUACAGGCCCAAAUUGUACCCUCACUCAAAAUGCCAACUUUACUGGAACCAUUGUGACUACCAACGGCCAACCCAACCUCGAUUGUGACGGCAAUAACAAUGGCAAUGCUGGCUGUGGCAUCACCGAGUGGAGUCAGGCAUCGUACGGCCCGACGUUCGAUGCUGCCGGUGGCGGAGUCUUCGCUAUGAAAUGGGACGACACUGGGAUCGCUGUCUGGUCCUUCUACCGGCAAGCUGUGCCUCAAGACGUCGUCCAAGGCGAACCUAGCCCAGAUCUCUGGGGACCACCAGUUGCCCUCCUGGAACCAACUGGGUGUGAUCCCAUUGCCAACUUCGUCAACCAUUCCAUUGUUUUCGACAUCACGUUUUGUGGUGACUGGGCUGGUAACUCGUACGCCACUUCGGGAUGCCCUGGAACAUGCCCGGACCGUUUGAUGGACCCCGCCAAUUUCGUGAAUGCCUCAUGGUCUAUUAACAGUCUGAAGGUAUACAAAAAGGUAUCUCUGAUCGGAGUCACAAAUGGAGCAGGCUUUGGUCACCCUGUCUCAUGGAGCGUGAUAGGGAUGCUUGCCCUCUUGAGUUUGAUUUCGAUGGCCAUAUAACUGUGUACACUUGUACUACAUACAUUUCAUCGGACUAAACUGGUGGAUGGACAUAUCUUGGACCUACACCGAGUCCAUGCUUGAGUUGCUCCAUAACAUACUCUACAACUUAACCUUCCAGAGGGCCUUCUGUUCUACGUCUUCGAGAGUCAUCGGAGUCUCCCCUAUCUCGUGCGGCGGCUCUGCGAACGUAGCUCGUAGAGGAGUGACACUGGCCCACCCAUUGCUGAGAGCCCAGGCGUCCGAGCCGACAGGCAUGUCAGCCACGUCGGGGUGGAUGAUUGGACGCAGGUCUGGAGAGAAUUUAAACACCAGAUCUUUGGGUGCACCAUGAGAUCCAUUGCCGUUCGGUAUAACGCCCUUCUCGUUAGUGUCAAGCGAGUCAGGGCCGGCUGGAGAUGUCGCUGGCUUCGAUAUGACAUCCUCUGUGAAGAGUCGGCCGUAUGAGUUACGCCACAUCCUUGUCCAGCAGACUCGCAAGCCCUCAGGACUGAGCAGGCCUUCAAUCAGGGGAACGUUCAUGCUGUAAAGAUCCACCUCCCCGCUACGAAUACCGCCUUCGUCAACGCCCCAAUUGUCCCAUAGGUGGCGAACAAUGCGGGACACAAGGCUAUGUGCAGGAUCGAAGUAGGCAGCCGGGGUUGGCUUCGAGACUGUGGCGUAGGAGACGGCUAUGGAACGGAUCUUCGAGAGACUGGACGAGAGUGCGGCACCUAUGGUACCAGAUGAUAGGGAAAAGGCGGCUGAGCUGUUACGUCCCAAGUUUGGGCCUGAGAUCAGCAGAUCAAUUUGGCCAGGAUACAGAUUGUGUAACGCGAUGUUGGCGCAGGUCGCCGGAGUACCAUCCAAAAGAAUCCAUUCUGCCACUUCGUCUUCUUUUAGAGGACGGGAUUCGCUUGAGAUUUCCCCAGAGCCGUCGGGAUCACGGGGAUAGUAAUACCGACCGCGAAUGACAUCUGUAAUCUGGUACGCCUUGCCUAUCCAAGACUUCUGGGAGCUUGGGAUGACCACCUUAACAUCCCAGCCCAAGUCCCUGGUUAAGUGACGGUAAAGACCGUAGACGAAUGGCGAGUCGCGGCCAGGAGGUCCGUCAUCGUU